UAAUGAAUGUUAUAACAAUAGAAGAUUAUAAGAGCACAUAUUGGCCAAAGUUGGACAGUGCCAUAGAUCAGCUUUUAACUCAGAGUCUUGGUGACUAUAUUCCCAUUUCCUAUGAACAAAUAUACAGUUGUGUGUAUAAAUGUGUGUGCCAGCAGCAUUCGGAACAGAUGUAUAGUGACCUAAUAAAAAAGAUAACUAACCACUUAGAGAGAGUCUCAAAGGAGCUGCAGGCCAGCCCUCCAGAUCUCUACAUUGAAAGAUUUAACAUAGCACUUGGGCAGUAUAUGGGAGCAUUACAGAGCAUUGUGCCUCUUUUCAUAUAUAUGAAUAAAUUUUACAUAGAAACCAAGCUUAACCGAGAUUUAAGAAAUGAUCUUAUAAAACUGUUUACGGAACAUGUUGCAGAAAAGCACAUUUACAGCCUGAUGCCUUUACUUCUAGAAGCUCAGUCCACACCUUUUUGGAUAAACCCUUCUACGAUGGCAAACAUUGUCAAAGGAUUAUACAUGCUUAGGCCAGAAUGGGUUCAGAUGGCACCAGCUUUAUUUUCUAAAUUUAUUCCAAACAUCCUUCCUCCUGCUGUAGAAUCUGAGCUUGAGGAAUAUGCUGCUCAGGACCAGAAACUUCAACAAGAACUUAUUCAAGAGGGAUUUUCCAG